AUGAUCAGGCUGAUUACUUACGUUGUGACUCACCAGGAGCAAACCGAACCAGGUGGAGUUCCAGAGACGCCUACCCCUCAACCUAGGAAGAAUCGAAUUGACCCGAGCCUUGUCCCCACCAAGGAAGAACCUAAAGAAACAGGCCAGACCGAUGUUGAAAAACAGGUCCAACCUAUCAGCUCUGGAGUUAUUUAUCCAACUGACAUUGAGGAAACUGAGGAACCGAAGGACGAUCCCAUACAUACGUCCGCUCAGCCAAGUGACAAACCCAGCACUGCUGAGAAGAGUCCCAGUUCGGCUAAACCUGUAGAAGAUGCUCCGAUUAGCGCCACCCAGAAUAUGCGUCAGGUUGAGAUUAAGAGAGCCAGAGCAGAAUAUCAAUCAGUCAAAGUGCUAUACCAGACCACGUUGGAGCGGGUCACCUCUCUGGAGAAGGAAGCUCAAGAUGGAGCUAUCGACAAAGCAUUAAUGUUAGCGAAAGCAUUCUUAGCUGAACUGGAAGUGACUAUGCGUGAGGAUGAGGCUGCCUACCUGGCUGCGCUUUCCGGCAAUCACCCCGAUGUGAUCUUUGUUCCCAGCAACCCACCACCUCCUUUGGGUAUCAACCGAUCCCUUCGACCUAGAAAUAUACCUGUUGCUGCAAAGCGUAAAGUGGCGAACAAUGAAGACGGUUCUUCGAAGCAAGGCAAGGUCUCAGAUGCCUCCAAGUUCUUUGAUUUGGAGGCAAAGGUAUCCAAUAAGGAGCCUACCUCUGAGGUCUUGGGCCAGUCAAAAGGCCCAAAGACCCGGAUCAAGAGCCGUGCUUUUGUUACACAAGAGGACGACGAUUGGGCUCGCAGAGAGCAAUACCCCGACCAGCAGGUUGAGAUGAAGGAUGUGGUCGAGGACAACAAGAAGCUAGAGAAGAAAAAGGAAAGGAAGGUUGAAGAGAAGGAUGAAGAUAAGGAGGAAACGUUACCUGUGGAUGAGAAGAGUGUAUUUCAGGUCGAGAAGCCUGAUCUCAGUGCCUUGCUCAUAGAUCCGACCGCUGAGGAGAUCCAGGAGUUGAAGGCCUAUCAGGAUGCGAUCACCUCUUCUCAAUUCAAUUGGGGAGAUGUGCUCACAGUCCCUGCAGCAAACGUGAUCCACGCUUGGGAGUACGAUCUCGAGUCAGCAGCAGGGAAGCCCUCAGCGUCCGACUUGACCCCACAUCUCAACUACGUUCGUGCCCUAGUUCAAGAUCGUGAAAUGAUGUACCUCCGACUUCAAUGCUAUUGGACCAGCCAUUCGGUAAUCAAGAAUAACAUCAAAAACGCCUACUCUUCCUUACACGAUAUCCUUGCGGACAGCCUCAAGCUCAUAUCGUACGGAAACAAACACGAUGCUUUUAAGAUCCGCACUGAGGGUGAAGAUGGUGUGGCUGAGUCAUCUGUUGAAAUGGGCAAGACCAUUGCUUGGUUAUUGAACCAAUGUUAUUCCACCGGGGCGGACGAUCAAACUGCUAGACGAACUCGCUUAAUCCCUUUGAAUGUGAAAGCUUUACAGAAAAAGUUCUUUCACAUCUUUCUUGGAAUGAACUUGAUUUAUGAAAACGAGGUACAUAAUGGACUCAUCAAGAAAGCUGAAAUUGCCAAAUUACGAAUUCGCGAUAUCAGGCAGAUGAGGUCUGAGCAUAAGACUAAUUCUGUCUUACAUCAACUUUUCAACGAUCGAAACAAGUUCACGUCCGGAAACCUCAAAUCGAUUGCUGGUCCUUCAAAAUCUGCCAAGUCUAUCACAUCAUCUGCUAAUGUUCAGUCAUCUCAAUCAGCAAAUGCAAAACCGGCCGAAGAAAAAUCUCUUUCAGCCGAUACUUCUAGAGACAUAUCAAAUGUUAAGAAACAGUGCCUUUUAAAUUUAGCUUUGUUCUUGAUGUAUGGAACUGCAGGUUUAUUCCAUGCUCUGCCUAAUUAUAAAGAGCAAAGUAUGCCUGAGAGUGCUAUGAUUAUCUUCUUGGCUUCAACCUUGGCGGAUCGGCGUUUCAAUAAGUUCAACGAGUUACCUCACUCUUAUGGUGAUCGAGCGUGGAAUCGACUUGAUAAUUUGAUGUUUACUUCGCUCAAGAGAUUUCUUACGAAUUCCGAGUUCGAGGAGAAGAAGUUGGCAGCUUUGUUUAUGUUGGAUCUGUUGACUGAGACCCAUCAACCUGGUUUGACCAUUGGCCUUAAUGGCCUAGUUCUUGAUCAUGUCAACAUUGACAAUGUGAAAUUGAUGAAGAUGAACGCUCCUGCGACCGAAUCAUUCUGGGCGUUGUGGGGUCCAACUGAAGGUCCCCUUCAGCCAGUGAGUGACCGAGGACGAAAUCUUUAUCCUGAAGUGUCUGGUGACAAGAGUCAGGUGAAUGAUAAGGCACCUGUUGAUGAAGAGGAGGAUGGUUCAGAUUCUGAACAUUCGGAGGAGGAGGAUGGUGAAGUUGUUGAUGGAGAUGAUGUGAGAAAUGAUGAUGAUGAAUCUGAGGGGGAAGAGGAGUGA